AUGCAUGACCUGCAUGAAACUGGUGCUGAGCCACCAGUAACUCAUCUUACGACUGCCAAUCCAGCCGAUGUUAUUGCCUUCAUCAAGCAGGCUGGGGCAGAAGGUGUUAAAGAAGCCACUCAAUCUACUAGGUAUUCUAAACAUACGUGAGGAGACAUAUUGGACAGUGAGAGCUCUAUGGGAGGGCUCUUUUCAUACUGAAAAUCCAGUGUCAUCUGAUGAUGAGGCGUUCCCAUAUUCGGGGGGGAUUUGGUGAAAGAAAAACUGAAACUCUCAUUGAGGCAGUGAGGAAGACUCUAAACUUGGAGGAAUCCUCAGUUCAAGAACCUUCAUGCAGCAAGCACUUUGCUAGCCUCAAGUGAAAAUAAAGUGGUUUUCCCCUCCAUGAGACCAUCUCCUCCAUGAUGAAUAGGCUAAGUCAGAGAAACGGGGUCAGUUUUCAUGGUAAGUGGUCCAAGCUAUACCCAUUUAAGAAAGCUGAUUCUGCCUCUUGGAUCUCGGCUCCCUUGGUGGAUGUGGCAGUAGUCUAGCUGGUCUAGAAAGCCACCUUGCCUCUGGAUGAGUCUGGCUUUCUGAGAGAACCUAUGGAGAAGAGGAUGGAUAUUAAUCUGUCAAAGGCCUACGUUGCAGAAGGAACUAGUCUACACUCAACAGCAGCCUGAACUCCAGUUACCCAGCUCCUUAAACAAUGGACAUAGGAUCUGGAAGCUGACAUCAGGGAUUUGAUAAGUAGAUCACGUCUCCUCCAAGCUGUGGAAGACAUUAGUCUUUCUGCAGAUACUUGAUCCAUGUCCAUGAAUGUUGCUGGCUGUAGAGAACUCUGAAUUAAGGCCUUGGAUGCUUAUUACCUUCUCUCUUUAUUACCUUUUCAGGGUGACAUGCUAUUCGGACAUCAGCUGGAUAAGAGCAUCAAAUAGACUGCAGAACGCACUAAAGCCUUAUUGCCAUGUAACCGGAGCAACAGGAGAUCCUCUAAUGCUGACAAAAGGUCUUACAGAGACUCAAGGCAAUACAAACCUGGAAGACCGGUCAAUCCUCUCUUAG